AAAAUUUAUCAUGAAUUAAAUUUUAAAAAACAUUAAAUAAUAGCAUGCAUAAUAAAAACAUUUUGAUUAUAAAAUAACUUUCGUAGCUUAAUGCUUAAACAUAAGAAUUAGAACUUGAUAUAAUUCAGUAAAGUGUUUUUGAAUUUCCCGCCAAUGGUUUAGAAUUAGUGAUCGGGAACUGUUUGGGAGUUCCAAUUAAGAGAUUUUAAAAAAAAAGAGUAUGAAGGUAUAAAUUUUAUUUUAACUAGCAAGAAAAAAAAUCAACUAUUACUAUUGUAGAUGCAUUUAAAAUUAAAUCCUGAUAUUUUCUUUUUCAACAUUAUAUUGAAAAUUAUUUAGGAUCUCAGGAAACUUUUUAUUAAUACAUAAUUGAGAAAAUUUUUUUACUGUUAUAAAAUAAAAGAUAAAAAUAGCAAUUAAAAUAUACACUAUGGUUAUUGGAAUGACCCUGGUAAUUAUCAUCAGAAAAAAAAUAUUUUUCACAGAUGACUGAUGAAUAAUACUAAAGUGGCUUAGUUGCUCUGAGGGAACAACAAGAUGGCGAAAGGUUUUGUUUAUGUGUUAUAAUUAUAAGUUGUUCUCUCAAUAGUCUAUCGUGUUUUAAAAGUGAUCAAAUGUUAUAAUAGUUCAGUUACCAUCGAUUGCUUCAUAAGUGAUAUAUCUGAUGGUAGUUCAGAACGUGAUCAUGGAAGAGGACGACGAUUUGGAAGCCUUGCGUUUAGCAGCUUUACAAACAAUUCGUCCAAGAAAACCAAAUCGACGAAAUAUGGCUCCAAUUACUGUUCAUAGACAAUUAGAUAAGGGACCCUUCUUCCAGUCCGAAGUCAACCCUAACUUGAUAGCAAUAGUGCCAUCUAUUAUACCUCCCCCAGCGAUUGAUUCUGGUAAAUUGACUGCUGAUUCUACAUCGAAGCCUUCAGAAAUAAGUACAAAGAUAUUGCAUGUUACUAAUAAGGAGCUAAACCAAAAUACUGAGAAAACUGAAGCGAAAGCCGAUGUUGAAAAAACUGAAAAGGUUGAUCCUCCUCAUCGUGUUUCAGAUGAAGUUAAAAAAGAAGUUAAAAAAGAUAAAUCUGAGAUAUUCGAUUUGGAGGAAGAUGUUCUAGACUUUGAGACAGAAAGCCUCGCAGGCUCAGAGGAGGACACUCUACAGCUUCAUGACAGUGAUUCUGACAGUUUAGAACGGCUUAUGGAGCAAAUUGAAGAAGAGCUCUCAUCGCCUGUCAAAACUACUCGUUUGAAACCGAAGCCAGCAGCGCCCGUACCUCCUAAAGCAGAAAAUAAAGUUGAAAUCAACAAAUCAACAAGUGAAAAUAUCAGCCAAAAUAAAUUAAAACCAUCACAAAAACCUGAAAGCCCCAAACCUUCUAUCAAUAUAUCAGAAAGGUUGUCUCCAGUGAGAAGAAGGUAUUCUCCUGCUCAGAACGUUAACCCUGCCGUUGUUUCUCAAUCUCCUCCACGCCGAUCAAGAUCUCCAAUAAAUCAUAAGCGUUCACUAACUCCUCGUAAGAGAUCCCUAACACCUCGUAAGAGAUCACUAACACCUCGUAAACGAUCUAUUACACCUCGUAAACGGUCCAUAACCCCUCGAAAACGUUCUAUUACUCCUCGUAAACGUUCUCUUACACCUAGAAAACGAUCUCUUACUCCUAGAAAAAGGUCCCUGUCUCCUAGAAGACGAUCAAUCACACCACAGAGACGGUCUCUAACUCCACGGAAACGUUCCUUGACACCACGAAAACGUUCUCUUACACCACGUAAACGCUCUCUAAGUCCACGAAAGAGAUCUUUGUCACCUCGUAGACGCUCUAUCACUCCUCGCAAAAGAUCUAUAUCCCCUCGUAGAAGAUCACCAUGGAGGUUCUCUCCCAGAAGGAGAUCGAUUUCUCCACGUCAUCGGCGAUCGGUUUCCCCUAGAAGGAGGUCACCUAUUGACCGAAGACGAUCUCCUUCUUUAUGGCGAAGAUCAUUGUCACCUCGUCAUCCACAAUCACCGAGGCGAAGAUCACCCACGCCCAAAAAACGUUCACUUUCUCCUCGAAGGAGAUCUUUAACUCCUAAAAAACGAUCUCUAUCUCCUCGUAAACGAUCUCUUUCUCCUCGAAGGAGGUCGGUAAGUCCCAAGCAGAAUUCACCAUUGAAGAGACAGAGGGUCCGAUCACCAAUGGCAGUAAAAAGGGGAAAACGACUAUCACCAGUCGCAGGAAGAAGGAAUUGGCUCAGAAACAAGACUGCUUCUGUUAGCAACCGUCUGAAUAAUCCUUCAAAGAACAACUUCAAUUCUAAUAACAAAAAUCAAAAAGACGAUGAAAGACGGAAAAGAGGAGAAGUCAAAGACAAUAAACCCAAAGAAAAAGAUAUAGAUCUUGUCGACGGCAAAAGUGAUACUGAUAUCAAAAAUGGUGAAAUUAAGCCUCUUGAUCCCAAGUUGGAGGCUAGAAGGAGAAAGUUCGAAACCAAUUCCAUUGUUGAGCCUUUGAAUAAGAAGAUUCGGCUCAAGUCUGAAUCUUUGAGAGGCAGCAAUACUGAUGGUGCUAGGAGCGAUGAGAACCAGAGUUUGAGAGUAAAAAGGAAGAGGAUCGUUCUCUCGAAUGAAAAUAAUAAAAGCAGUGAAAAAGCUUCUGAAGGAAAGGCCAAACCUCUUUUACCGAAAGUUACAAAUAACGUAAAGAAAACAGAAGACAAAAAGGCUGAUUCAGAGGAAGUAGUGGUCAAGAAGAAAAGGAAGGAGAUAGCGGAAGAUUCAUCCAAAGAGGACUCGAAUAAAAAGGGUGUUGAUCUUAGAGCUGAGCUCUCGAGGAGAAGGGCAGAAAGGCUUAAGGGGGCAUCUAUCGAUCCGAUGGCUAGAAUAGUGCAAUCUGCAAUUGAAGGAGCUGUUGGAAAAAUAAAGACCAAAUCCAGAACAUCUCCUGUUUCAGAAACUGAAGCUCCAGUUGCUGAGAAAAAGUCCAAGCCUAAGGGUAGAAGAGUUCAUGUACUUCCAGCCAAUUCAUCUAAAUCAGAAGAUAAAAAAAAUAAUGCGGAGGAUAAAAAUGUGGGCAUUUCAAUGCACUACAGGUCGAGUUCACCUGUGCGGGGAUCAGGAAGGAGUAUUCUUCGAAGAAAUCAGGUUUAAAUAAGUCUGGAGUGUGGAAUCAUCAAUUUUUGGAGUUGAAAAAAUUUCAGCAGUGUUAAAAAAUAAUGGCGCAGUUAAGCCAUUUAAAAAAGACUGUAUCACAAUUUUGUUUAUUGAAGGGUGAUUAAGCAAAGAUUUUUUUUCUUUUUUGUUAUUUUGUUUUGAAAUUGUAUUUUAAUUUUAUAUUUUUGAGAAGUACCUGGAUUUUCUUCAGUUAACAGAGGAAUUUAUUUAUAGUUGUUUAUUUUCUUUUUUCUUUCCCUUUCAUUUUUAAAGAUGUUGUUAAUUUUAAAAUGAAAAUUAUAAAUCGAGGUGUGAUUUGUUAAUAAUGUAAGUGGGUACCUGUUUAAUUGUUUAUUAAUAUUUUAAUUGAUGAAAUGGUGUUUAGUCCAAUUAUAAUAUUUAUUUUUCUUCAUUUUUAACAUUUUUAUUUUUUAUUAUUUUUUUUUUAUCUUUUUAUUUAAUCUGAUGUUUGCUAGAUUUGUAUAAUAAUGAUGAAAAAAAAUGUAGUAAAUUUACAAGUGGAUUAUGGAUAAACAGUCUUUCAUUAUUAAUACCUUGAAUGAAUAUGCAUAUACUUUUGUUAAAUUGAAAAUGAAGUUUAUUAAACAAGUGAAAUAUGUUAUUAAAAAAAGUUUAUCACAGUUAUUUGAAAACCAUUUAUUUUUAUUUAUUUUCCACGUUUUUAGGUACCUACUUAUUACAUAUAUACUUAAUUAUAAUGAUUUGUAUCGAUGGAUCAUCACCCUGUAAUAUAUAAUGCAAUAUAUGUAGUUUAAUAUAGUUUCAAGGUGUAAAAUAUUUUUAAUUUAUGUUUAAUGGGCAGCUCUCAUUUUCAGAGCUUAAGUAACUUUAUCUAGUCAUCUGCUACUCAAAUACCACCCUAAAGUUACGCCAGUAAGUAUAUAUCGGCAGAUUCGACUUUGUCUGUAAAUAGGAUAAUUAAUAUAAAGUAUAAUUUUGUUGCAAUUGUUGAUAUAAUUUUUUAGAUGUUAGUAUGAGAUAUGAGGUAAAUAGUUCAAUUGUGUAUCUUUGUUGUAAAUAUGAAACAUAUUUUUAACAUUAAAAAUGAAAUCCAUAUCUGGAUAAAUAGGUAUAAGUAUACAAAUUUUUAUUCGUA